AUGAAGUUGGGCAAAGUGGAAUUCUGCCAUUUUCUGCAGAUACUAGCUCUUUUCCUGUGUGUUUCUGGGAUGAAUCAAGCAGAGCUCUCGAGGUCCAGGUCAAAGCCCUACUUUCAAUCAGGGAGGACGAGAACAAAACGCAGUUGGGUGUGGAAUCAAUUCUUUGUGCUGGAAGAAUACAUGGGUACAGACCCACUCUAUGUAGGAAAGCUUCACUCUGAUGUUGAUAAAGGAGAUGGUUCUAUCAAAUACAUCUUGUCAGGCGAAGGGGCAAGUUCCAUUUUCAUUAUUGAUGAGAACACGGGGGAUAUUCAUGCUACAAAGAGGCUGGAUCGAGAAGAGCAGGCCUACUACACACUCCGAGCACAAGCACUAGAUAGGCUGACUAAUAAACCUGUGGAACCAGAAUCUGAGUUCGUCAUUAAGAUUCAGGACAUCAAUGACAAUGAGCCAAAAUUUCUGGAUGGUCCUUACACUGCUGGAGUUCCUGAGAUGUCUCCUGUGGGUACCUCUGUGGUUCAAGUGACAGCCACUGAUGCAGAUGAUCCUACUUAUGGAAACAGUGCUCGAGUGGUUUACAGCAUAUUGCAAGGACAACCCUACUUUUCUGUGGAGCCAAAAACAGGUGUUAUCAAGACUGCCCUUCCAAAUAUGGAUAGAGAAGCCAAGGACCAAUACCUACUAGUUAUUCAAGCAAAGGACAUGGUUGGGCAGAAUGGUGGAUUAUCAGGGACUACGUCUGUAACUGUCACCCUAACUGAUGUUAAUGACAACCCACCCCGCUUUCCAAGACGAUCAUAUCAGUAUAAUGUUCCAGAGUCUUUGCCAGUGACUUCUGUAGUGGCCAGAAUAAAAGCUGCAGAUGCAGAUGUUGGACCUAAUGCUGAAAUGGAGUAUAAGAUUGUGGAUGGUGAUGGUUUGGGAGUAUUCAAAAUUUCUGUCGACAAAGACACUCAGGAGGGAAUCAUAACAAUUCAGAAGGAACUGGAUUAUGAAGCUAAGACAAGCUAUACCCUGAGGAUAGAAGCAGCCAAUAUGCAUGUUGACCCUCGAUUCCUGAGUCUGGGGCCCUUCAGUGAUAUGACAACAGUGAAGAUAAUUGUAGAAGAUGUUGAUGAACCACCUGUGUUUACUUCACGUUUGUACACCAUGGUGGUCUCUGAAGCAGCGAAGGUUGGCACUAUCAUUGGAACAGUAGCAGCCCAUGAUCCAGAUGCCUCAAAUAGUCCUGUCAGGUACUCGAUAGAUCGAAACACAGACCUGGAGAGAUAUUUCAAUAUUGAUGCCAACAGUGGAGUCAUUACAGCUGCCAAAUCUUUGGACAGGGAAACUAAUGCUGUUCAUAAUAUCACAGUUUUGGCUAUGGAAAGUCAGAAUCCAGCACAAAUUGGGAGAGGCUAUGUAGCCAUCACUAUCCUUGACAUCAAUGACAAUGCUCCGGAGUUUGCCAUGGAGUAUGAGACAACUGUCUGUGAAAAUGCUCAACCUGGUCAGGUGAUUCAGAAGAUCAGUGCAAUUGAUAAAGAUGACCCACCAAAUGGACAUCAGUUCUACUUCAGUUUAACAGCAGAGGCAGCAAAUAAUCACAAUUUUACACUGCAGGACAAUAAAGAUAACACUGCAACAGUAUUAACGAGAAGAAAUGGGUUCCGAAGACAGGAACAGUCUGUUUUCUACUUGCCAAUAUUCAUUGUAGACAGUGGAUCACCUUCACUUAGUAGCACUAAUACCCUCACCAUCAGAGUCUGUGAUUGUGAUGCAGAUGGUAUGGCUCAGACAUGCAAUGCAGAAGCAUAUAUCUUGCCUGCAGGACUUAGCACUGGUGCCUUGAUAGCAAUAUUGGCUUGUGUCUUGACACUAUUAGUUCUUGUCUUGCUAAUUGUCUCUAUGAGGCGACGGAAGAAAGAGCCCCUCAUUUUUGAUGAAGAGAGAGAUAUCAGAGAGAACAUUGUCAGAUAUGAUGAUGAGGGUGGUGGAGAAGAAGACACUGAGGCUUUUGACAUGGCUGCCUUGAGAAACCUCAACAUCAUCCGAGAUACCAAGACUAGAAGGGAUGUGACACCUGAGAUUCAGUUCCUAAGCAGACCAACUUUUAAAAGCAUCCCAGACAAUGUCAUUUUUAGAGAAUUUAUCUGGGAAAGACUAAAAGAAGCUGAUGUGGACCCCUGCGCGCCACCCUACGAUUCCUUGCAGACAUAUGCAUUUGAGGGGAACGGAUCAGUGGCAGAGUCACUUAGUUCUUUAGAUUCAAUCAGCUCAAACUCUGAUCAGAACUACGAUUACCUCAGUGACUGGGGUCCUCGCUUUAAAAGGCUUGCAGAUAUGUAUGGGACUGGACCAGACUGCCUAUACUCAUAG